AUGAACCCUGAAGCAGAUUCAUUUAGUUCUAACAACGGUUUGAUAAGCCAGAAGAGAAAGAAAAAAACGAAGCCCAACUACAACUCUACUGGAAACAGCACCCUAACCUUUGUAAAGAGUCCCCUCAGACCCUCCUCUUACCACAACCAGACUGAUGAUCUGAGGGACGUGCACUAUGAUUAUCUCUGGAAGUUUAUCUGCGUCGGAGACUGCACCGUCGGGAAAUCUUCAGUGUUAAAUUUCUACAAAAACGUUUAUUUCAACCCUCUGGAGAGUAAACCAACACCUGGUCUAGCACUGGUGGAAACUAGGGUUAAUUUCCACCGGUACCGGAUUCACAUGCAGUUGUGGGAUACAAGUGGUGAUCCGAGAUUCAGUUGCCUGACUGCUUCACUGUACCGGGACAGCAUGGCUUUCUUACUCAUGUUUGACUUGACAAACAGAAGCUCAUUCCAAUCCGUGAAGGUAUGGGUCGACCACAUCCGAACUCACGCAGCUAAAGCAGAUCCAGUGAUUUAUCUAGUUGGCAACAAGGCAGAUUUGGUAGAUAAAAGACAAGUGACGGAGGAGGAAGCGAUGAGCGUGCAAGAGGAGCUAGAGUUGGAGAAGUAUCUGGAGUGUGGAGUGUUUGACGGAGAUAAACCAGACAGAACUAGAGUUGUCCAACUAUUCUCAGAGAUCCUGAACGAAAUGAUACAAUCAAUAGAUCGGGAAAUAGAGACCCAAACCAAGACCCUUAUCAACCACAAGGUGUUCAAAGCAAAACUCAAACAAAAGGAACUCUUAACUUAUAAAUCAGAUGAUUCAGGGGGGCUGUGUGGCUGCUGUAGCUGCCUCCCCACCCUCAGAUAGAGAAGUUAACUGAUAGCUUUCAGAGUUAUUAGUAACUAUAGUAACUAUAGUAACUAUAGUAACUAUAGUAACUAUAGUAACUAUAGCAUUACGUUAUUACGUCACACGAGUUAAGUGGCGAGAAUUCAACUUUACAGUCGCCAAUUACAGUUAUAAUCAGACUAGUGACAAUAACAUUAACAGUUAUAAUCAGACUAUAAGUGACCAUUUUGUUUCAGUUUCUGUUUCAGUUUCUGUAUCGUGUAUGAUGUUUUAAUGGUAUGUCUUAAAUAAUUAUAAUCGAUUUAAGAUAAAUGAGUAAAAUUAAAUAACGGUUUGAAUAACCGACACAAUGUUAUACUAGUUUGUUCUCAGAUUAUGAAUUUUGCGAUAUUUUUUAGUAUUGAAAAGAAUGCAAUGAAUAUUCACAAGGGAUAUAUUUGCGUAGGUCAGGGCGCCCUAUACAGUGACUAAAAUACCAACUUGCCAAGAUAGAGCGGCCAAUAUUUAACAUAUUAUAAUGAGAUUAAUACAUUUUAUGCUCCUAACAUUAUCUGGUGUGCUACAUAACAUUGGAUAGCUCUAAACAUAUCGAUAAAUUAUACCGAUACCGAAAUGGGGAUCGUAAAUUGUUUUGAUAAAGUAGCAAGCUGGCUUUUAUUAGACCUCCUUUUAUUCAUAAUACUACAACUUAUAAUACUAUAAUAGUGACAAAAGCUAUAUUUUGGUAAACAGGUCAAUUGGGACCCUCUGAGUUGCCCCUAAUGCCGAAUGAUUCAAUCAUGUUAUCUUGUACAAGCGUUAAGCCAUUUUAAAACCAUAAAUACAUU